GCAGUGAUGGUAUCAGAAAGUUUUAAUAUAGAAGCCCCCAACUAUUUGUCCAACGAGUCUGCAGUCCUCAUUUAUGCCCGGCAGGACGCGCAGUGCAUCGACUGCUUCCAGGCCUUCUUACCUGUGCACUAUCGCUACCACCGGCCACACGGGAAAGAUGGAGACACCCUCAUUGUGGUCAAUAAUCCCGACUUACUGAUGUACUGUGACCAAGAGUUUCCAAUUUUGAAAUGCUGGGCUCAGUCAGAAGUAGCAGCUCCUUGUGCUUUGAAGAGUGAGGAGACCUGCCAGUGGAAAAACAUGCAGUACAAAUCAAUACUUAAGAAUUUGACAGUCCAGGUUCCGGUGGGACUGACUAUACAUACCUCUUUAGUGUGUUCUGUGACGCUGCUCAUUACGAUUCUGUGUUCUACUUUGAUCCUUUUAGCUGUUUUCAAAUAUGGCCAUUUUUCUCUGUAAGUUUUGUACAGUUAAGUGUUUUCUAUGAAUCUAAUAAAUGAGGUCUAUUCAUUUAAAAAAAAA